CAACAUAUUAAAAGCUGCUUGUUGCCUCUCAGAGAGUUUGCUUCUUCAUCUCAGAACACAAUCAACUCACAACCAAUCCAACCUCCAAACAAUCAAUUCCAUCCACAAUCUCUACCCUCCAAACUUUUAGCACCUCCAAACAACCUCAUCUCCAUAAUCACAAUGGCCGACACCACCUUCCACACCACCCAGCAGGACAUCCGCAAGCCUGAGUCUCACGCCUCCCACGCCCAUGCUGGCCAGACCCCUGCCAACUCCAAUGUUUCCGCCAUGAAGUCCAUCGUCGACCAGAACAACGCCAACAAGGGCGAACAGAUCGAGAAGACCAAGGCCAACCUGCCCCUGCCUGACCAGCCCCCCGUCGCCAGCGACUGGAACUCGGCCGAUCAGAGAACCGUCAACGUCGGCUCGGGCGGUCGGGAGGGCCCCGUCUCCGGCGAGAACAACAGCGCCCUGCGGGAGCCCGCCACCGCCAGCAGCAGCGUCCGCGUCGAUGGAUCGGAGCUGCACCAGAACACACAGCCCGGCAGCGACGUCGGCCGCCAGGGUAAGGACAACCUUGAGGGUCUGCCCAAGGAUGCCCUUGCCCGGUAAAUACCUCGA